AUGGCAACCAACUUCUUCGACUUCAGUCGCCUCCCAAAGGAACUUCGAUAUAUGAUCUGGGAAUGCGCUUUGCGACCUGACGUCCCAGGCGUGCACUUCAAGAUGAACGAUAAGCACGAUAUGCCGGCGUUUUCAGCAGAAGGAACCGUCGUCUAA